AUGCCGACAACCGCGGGUCGCAUGCGCAUGCCGCACAACAAUCGCAUGCACAGCAGCUCUACGCUCAAGAUGACAGGCAUAUGGAAAGAUACCAUUGGUUAUGAUCCAUACGCUGCUGAAGAUGAGAAGCAGAUAAAGACGAGCGAGACGUCGUAUGAGCAGGCCAAGGGCCUUAUGGCCCUCGCCAAGCUCUCCAACAAGUCGAGUGAUGUCCGUGGUGCUUGCAAGAAGUGCGGAGUUGUAGGGCACUUGACAUUUCAAUGUCGUAAUUAUUUGGAUAGAGAAGAAAAGCACGCAUUAUCUUCAGAUUCAAAUUCAUCUUCAUCUUCAGAUUCUUCGAGCGACGAGGACCAAGAUGAAUACAAUUCAAAAGACAAGCACGAAUCGCGGUCAAUUGCACGCCCUGUAGCCUCGCUAGGACGAAGCAGGAGCCGCAGUACAGAAAAAGCAAAAGGGCGAAAAAAAGACCGAUCGGAAAGUCGUGGUCGGAAGCGUGGUGCCGUGCGACGCCAUUUGGAGAAAAAACCAGCAAAAAAUCGCAGCUCAAGUCGUGAAUUUAGACGUAGUAGACGCUCGCGCGGUGACCAUGAAAGACUCGACAAAUCUCGACGAAGUCACAGCUCAAGUACUGGCUCUGAGCGGGAUCACGCGAAGCGACGACGACUCUCGGAUAGUGAGGAACGCUCUUCAUCAAAGAAAAGUAUUAAGCGAAAGAAUUCAUCAAAGAGACACAAAGACAGGAAGGAAAGAACCCGCGAACAUCGACGUCAUCACCAUCAGCGCCAGAAGGAAAAGGCACACUCGAAGAAGUGGCAUUGA